AAACAAGCAAGACCACAACGCCCGAGAAUACCUCUCCAUCCGCAUUUCCAGGACACUUGCAACCAAAAUCAAAGUUCACUGCCCACUACCUCGGGAUAAUUCGGAUCCGGAUUAUCGCUGUCGCACAGCGUUGCCAGCCGGGCUUUUCUUUUUGCCCUCCGAUUCGUCGUUUUGUCGCUCCUGUCGCGAUCGCCAACUACAAACACAAUCGCUUCACGAGACCUCACCACUGCCCCCUAUGGCUCGAGUCAAAGAGGCGGCAGCUGAGGCUGCCAAUUCCGUCGCCGAGGGGACCGCAGCAGCAGCAGCAGAAGCAGCCGCACACGCCGCCGUUCCGCCGUCGCCGAAACGCGUCGCUCGGCUGCCCGGGCCGGUCCGGUUCGCGCUGGCAGUCGUCUUGAGCUUCGCGCUCUCGUCGCUCGGCCGCUUAUUUGUCGAUCAUUGCAGCAACAACGAGAUCGGAGGUAUCGCGGGGGAGGGGAUCUCAAGAAAGGAACUUUCGAUCCUCGCUGCGUGGAAACUGUUCGGGCUUGCUCUGGGCUGGUGGUACGACUACGACGGCUUCGAUCUUGCUGCUCUCGCCUUACUUUCCCAUGGUCCCGUCACUUUUCUCAUCUCCGUCUUCUACGGAAUCCGCGCCAUAACCGCCGGUGCUUACCUCGCAGUUGACGUCGUAUCGGCAUUCGUGCCGUUCCUCCUCCUGCGCCGGCUCUCUGGCGCCCACGCAGCCGCCCCCGGAGUCCCUAACCGGGACAUCGUCGCCGACCGGGGCAUCCAAGUGCUCACGUCGCUGCAUUCUGCGCUCGUGUACAGCGUGGUGCUGUUCCUAGCCGGCCGGUUCGUCCUCCCCAACACCCUGGUCCUCUAUUUCGAGGGCAUUCCCACCAUCCAGCCGGCGGCGGACGCACCCUUGCUGGGAUUCGGCAGUCCGACGACGCAGUUGCUCAGCUUGCUCUUCGGGCUCGCGGCGCGGACAUUCAUCUUCGCGCCGCUCGUUACGACCCCAACGACGGCCGAAGACCGCAAGAACGCAGAGUUUGACCCGGUUAGCGCCUCCCUCGGGCAGACGGUGGCGUGGAACUUGUGGGGAUACACAACACGCACCAAGGUGUCCCUCAUCCGCACCGCCGUGGCCAUGCUGUUCACCGCGGUCGGCACCUAUCUAGAUACCGUGCUGGUCAUCAGCGGGGUGGAGCCGUACGGCGCAGCUGUCUACGCGGGCGUAUGGGUCAUCGCGACCCUCGUGACCGGACUGUCACUGAGAUAUGUCGGGAGCAUUUGAGAGUGCCUGGGAUAUGUUUGCGCGUCGGGGGAGGCAGAUGACGCGCCUUUCCGGGGGGGGGGGGUGUUUCCUUUUUAUUUCUUUCUUCUAGAGCUUUCUGUUUAUCUUGGACUCUCGAGGCAGCAUAGGUCGAUCGGGUCGCCGAAUGACAAGAAGGCUAGGCUGCAAGGCUUUACCAAUUGAGGGGUAAGGGGGGUGUGGGCCGGUCGGGUUGUUUUGUCGACCGGUCUUGCGUUACCAUGCCUUCAUCUCAUGGUCCAGACACUUUGUUUAGUGUAUGUGUCACACUGUGGUGUGAUGUGGAGGGAGUGCACCUUAGGCAAACGGGGGGUGAAAUUGGUUACGGAUCGGGGGCAGCGCGGGUCAGAUUGAGCUCUCGUGGAACGUCGAGGAUGUUGCACCGAUUACCGCAUUGGGGAGCCCGAUUCUGCGGUGCCCUAGGUAUCAUCACGUUUCUGGACAAGAUUGGCGCGCGUUUGCGGCAGACGUAGCCAUGCCAAGGCCCAGCUGAGUCGCGGUCCGCCUUGGGGAGGGUAAGGUAAGGCUUUCCCGGCAUGCGGGUCGACCCGGGUCGACCCAGGGGUGGGUGCAAUGGAAAUGGGGACGGCACUCCGGUGAGACCAGUCGGGAAACCCACGUGCGGCGGUGACUUUGGCGCUACCUUCUAUUUCAGCCGCCCUGCUGCGCCUUACCUGAAGCUAGCUUUUAGUUCCAUAUCGCUUGGGCGAAUGGUGGGACAACAAUGAGCGCCUUAGCUUUUUUGGGCUCU